AGUUUUUAGGUUCAUUAUUGAUAAAUUCUAGAGAAUCGUGCUGGCCAUAGCUCGUCAGAAGGUGAACCUACAGCGGCUCGCCAACUACACAAUUCGUCGGGCGAUGUUCAAGAAGCGGCAAAAGAGCCUAAUGAAGAAGGCAAGCGAGCUCUCGACGCUAUAUGGCGUGGAUGCAUGCGUUGUGAUGUAUGCUGAAGGCGAGGCGCAACCUAUGAUGGUGUGGCCAUCGGUACCAGAGGCAAGGCGUGUGAUCGAGCGCUUCAGGGCCUUGCCGCAGAAGGACCAAUACGAGAACACGACUAACCUGGAGGGCUUCCUCAAGCAGCGCAUCGCCAAUCUCCAAGAGAAGGUGGAUAAGGCAAAGCAUGAGAACGAUGAGCUCGAGACAAAGCUCCUCCUCCUCAACAGCCUUGACUGCUGCCUCCCUAGCCUUGUGGGCCUCACGGUCAAGCAGAUUACUAGCCUCAACUCGAUGGUAGAGGAACGCCUCAAGAAGCUCCGUGGGAAUGGUCUCCUGGCGACACCAGUCCCAACCAGUAAUCAAGAUGUGGCAAGUGCAACAAAUAUUCAAGAUUGAGUCCUGCACUGCAUCGGUGGUGGCGAUUGUGCGUGUGUGACUAUUGAUUGUUUUUGUUGCGAUUAGUUGUAUGCACAAGUGUUUUGGGGAGUUUGAGUUUUUAGGGGCGUGGGAUGGCACGUGUCUAGCUAGUCAUAUUUUAGAAUCUAUGGGACGUGGGAUGGCACGGACCUAGUCAUAAGUCUGAGUCAAAAGAACAUGGGAUGGCAUGUUCCACCUUUAUUGCUAUUUUUUUCUGAAAAUCGGUUAAUUUUGUCUGAGUCAAAGGAACAUGGGAUAGCAUG